AUGGCAACCACUCGCUCGCUCGGUCUCCACAAACCGUCGGCCGUCUCAUACCUUGUUACGGAAGGAAUUCUUCCUUCAGACCCCUCGGAAGAUCAGUACAAAUGGACGACAUCCGUGGACGAGAAUGGAUUGACCGGCCCUGUAGACGACGAGCUGGUUUGGACGAAGCAUUGUGUGGUAUGGUCCCGUGCAGGCAUGGUGAAGCGAGUAUUUCGACUGGACCCGGAGAAGGAGGAGAUUCGACAUGCUCUAUUCACUCAGUUCGCCGUCGGAAACAUCAAACGCUCUAUACAUGAAGGAACGGGCAGUGCACCUCGGAAUCGACUUCGCACGGCCGGCACGGGAACACAUGCGCGGGCAGGAGGUCAAAAGAAGCGGAAUGGAAGUGAGUCGAUGCUACCAAGUUCGGGAUCAACACUGGACUUGCAUGGAGAUGCCAGAGUAGCGGUGGUUGCUCCACAGCAGCUCAGCCAGAAGCUGUCGCGAGCGUUGGUGGUAGUCCUCAAGUCUCAGGCACACAUAUUCUUCGUUGCAGGGAACAGCCAUACAAUUCCCCUGCCAUUUGAGGUUGAUUCUGUGUUUGCAACACCCCGUGGAUUACUUUUUCAGAGAAAGAUUCCCGAUGAGAGGGCCGAAGUCCAGAUUCCAACUGCACCUCCCAAUUCUUUUUUGGCCACCUCUCUUUUCGAUCCUGGUGCCUCGCAGUCAUUCGGGGUACCACCGGUAGCUCCCAGCAAAGGAAAACGGCAAUCCCUGAAGCUUCCCUCCCCUAAGGGCUCCACAUGGGAGCCAAACUCCAGCUCCAGCUCAGAUCUUCCCCGGAUAUUUUCACUCAUUGAUCCUCAUUCAGAGAUGGGUUUGGUGGUGACAUCGCAAGCGUCCGGACCCUUGCAGAGCAGUGUCAGCAGUGCUACGCGGCAUAGGCCUUCGGGCUUAGGUGUGCUAGAUCCCGCCGAUGAGAUCGUUUACAUUUCGCGCCAAAACGAGCUCUCGACCCCAGGACAGGGGCGGACAGAUGGCCCAUUGAUACUGGUUGUAACCAUGAACACAAGCACUGGAAUCUACACUGUUUGGACCGCACGGUACAGAGACGAUGAGGCUGGCGGCUCAAUCCAGGAGAAGACGCGACGGCAUACCGAAGGCACUCGGUCCAAAAGACGAAGCUCGCACUUCGGAAUGGCCACUGGUGCAACCACACCAGCAGCUCGCCCAUCCGCAGCCCGUGAGAGCUUUGGGCCGUGGACUGAGAACUGGACUUCGUCCCAGCAACCUGAGAACAAGACUGAUGCCGAGGACGACUUGGUCUCGAGAGUUGCGCAGGAUUUUGGAGACGUCGGUGUACCUCUCAAAGCUUCCAGACGAGUCAGCUCUUUACUUGCACGAACAGACCUCGCCACAAGCCAAGAUCGCAUAACAUUUUCCGAUCUUGCUACGGGCAGUCAGUCAAAUACUGCGCCUCACGGUGGACUCAGGCAGUCUAUUGGAGCAGCCAGUGCCCGAGGAAGCUUUGGCUUCAACCCUCGUGCUUCCCUUCCUCCGGCAACGGGAUCUGUCUACAGCACUACAGGAAGUUUUGUGGAUGCUCCAGUGGACAGGCUGCUUGAAGAGCUCAACAGUGAUGUCCUAUCCGAAGGGUUUGAGAACAUUGCCCAUCGUGAAUCAGCUUCAGGUCUACCCGAGGAGCUUCUACUUUCCAAAGUGGAGAGCUUCUCUGCUAAGUUCUCUGGUAAUUUCCGCGGAUCUACUCAGCAUGUAUCAUCUCGCCAUCUGAAAGUCUGCACGCUAUCUUCGUCCGACUAUAGCAGCGCGCAGAAUGGCAAUGUCACAUCGGUGGCGAUCUUCAUCGUGGAUCAGGAUUCACGGAAUAUGACUAUAGUGAACUUGAGAGCAGAACGAGUGGCGACAUCAAAGAGUCGAAAGUUGGCCAAAAAGACCAAACAGGCAGAAAGGCGUCCGUUGCUGGUGCAUGCAACGGGUGUCCAACACAUUCCCAAUGUUCGGGAUGCACAGAAAGUCAUCGAUGGUGAGAUGUCGCGUAUUCUUACAUUGAGUGUCAUGGACAAUGGACAGCGAGAGUUGUCCUUGCAGACUUUAUGGGGUAGUCCAAUUAAGGUCGACAUACCUGACCCACUGCAGCUUUAUGAGCCAUACGGGGUUUCCGCCGACAAGCUUGUAAGCCGCACUAGAGAAAGUGGUGUCAAUCGGGUUAUGGCAGAUCCCGACCUUGUUUUCAACGCAUUUGAUCACAGUUGCUCGCGAGGAAAGAUCGACUUGGUGGAUACGGAGAAGCAGCGCCACAGAAUACAGAUCCGAAUGGAGCCUCGCAAUGACCUCGUGAAGAAAAUCCUCAAGAUCUGCAAGUUCGUUCUUCGUGACGCAGAGAAAGCUGGGGACGGUAUAUUGGUGGGCUGGUGGGAGGUCAUGAAGUGGCUUCGAGGAAAGGACGAAGUCGAAAAUGACCUCGAAUGGACUGCUAUGGUCAUCGUCUUGUUCUCCCUGGCAGUCCCCUUCAUCAAACAACCUCAGCCUCAAACUCCAGCUAAACGGACACGUCGAAAAAAGGGCCUUCUUCGGUCAAGCAGUGGCAGCUAUAUCGACUUGGAAAGCUGGGAGUCUAUGCUUGACCUGGAGUCAGGAUCAUCUGGUGUUGUCGCGCCAUGGAUGAACGAUAGUGCCUGGGGGUGGAUUGUUGAACAAGAUGCGAUCGCAGAUCUGGCAGCUCCCCAUGCAAGUCGCACGCCGAAAAAUGAGCAGCCAAAUGCAAGCAGGUCCACGUAUCGCCACAACUCCUACCUGCUACGUUGCGUAUCUUUAAGCCGCGAAUUUCUACAAAGCCCCCAGGGUGCUAGAGCCACUGGCCCUGACGGCUACUUGCCAGUUUCCGGGGCUUUUGCUGAGAACACAAGAUGCACUGCGUUAGGUACCAUCCUUGUUGGCCUUCACCUCUUACGAGAGGAGCAGAAGCUUUCCAUUUCCGACACCGAAGAGUCUCAACAGCCAUUGGGCCUGCUUGCCCCUGUUCUGGCACAGCUUGGUGGUUGGUUAGGCUGGCAGUCCUGGAAAUGGAGCGAGGACGCUUACUUCGGCACCGAAAUGGCUAGUAUGGAACGCUGGCGAUUUGAAGAUAGUCAGAUCUCUCUGCUCGGCGUCCCCGCUCAACCGUUCCCGCCUCCGUCAAUAUUUGCCUUCCUCCUUGAAGGUGCACGUCAAGCACCGACACCAUUCAUUACACUCCUUGAUAUUGUCAAUGCGUCGGACCGGACCCCCAGAAAGGGGCGGAUGUGGAAAGAGUGCUUCAAUGUCACACCCAGGUCGUUGGCAUUGAGUGGCUUCCUGUCUGAUGUCCAUCGCGUAUCAACGCCCUUGGAAAAGAUCAAGCUCUUCCAUCGAUGGGGGCUAACCAAGAGCAUCAUCGACACUUUCCCCGAAGGUGUGAGUGCACCGUUGUAUGAAGCUGUGAUGCAAUGCCAAAUCGAAGCAUCGACCUCUUGGGAUGCCACGCUCUUGGAACUCAUCGACCGAGAGGAUCUUUACAUGUCAAUGAAUCCCGCGCAGACCAACUCAUUCGCAACGCCGCAACAGCCUGUAGUCUCCCAUGAUGCCCAGCGCGAUUUUCAUCAUAUCAGCAGCUCGGCACUGGAAAUCGACGCCAUCAACGCCUUCGAAGCUUCUGCGGAGGCCGAUCGGUUCUCUGUGACUAGGCUCGUCUUCCGCGAGGACAAACGUUUCUUAGAGGCAGCUCGACUCUUGAAUCAGUCUAAGGCGCCGGUGGCAGACUGUGUUCCCGAACCGGAGUGGACAGACUCUGACCUCCUGGAGGCUCAGAAAGAAAUCGUGCAGCUUGUCUCGUUCCGAACAUUGUCUACUCCCGCCGGCCGUGCUUUACUGUCGUUCAGUGGCCGUCUGCCUUUGCUGACCGAGAAGCUGCCGAUCCCGUCGUUCUCUUUGCAGUGCAUUAUGAAGCCAUCCAAUGUUACCGUCAGUGCUGAGAGAAGCGCAUUCACCGAGGAAAAGGUCUGUUGGGCGUUUUUCCACAAUGGCGUUUCCACAGGCCUAGCUAUCUCCAAGGCUUCCAAGGGAAUUGACACAUCGUGGAUUCUAUUUAACAAGCCGCAAGAGCUCACCAAUCGGCAUGCCGGUUUCUUGCUCGCUCUGGGAUUGAAUGGCCACCUUAAGUCUCUGGCUAAAUGGGUGGCCUUCAAGUAUUUGACUCCCAAACAUACCAUGACCUCCAUCGGUCUGCUGCUUGGCCUCUCUGCGUCGUACCUGGGUACCAUGGACACCUUGAUUACCCGUCUCCUUUCAGUCCAUGUUACGAGAAUGCUACCGAUGGGAGCUGCCGAGCUUAAUCUAUCACCGCUGACCCAAACUGCCGGUAUUAUGGGGAUUGGCUUGCUCUACUGCGGCUCUCAGCACCGGCGGAUGAGCGAGGUCAUGCUAUCCGAGAUCGAGAACAUUGACCAGGACGAGCAGUCCACAUCCCAGGAGGACCUGCGAGACGAAGGAUACCGCCUAUCAGCAGGGUUUGCAUUGGGCAUUAUCAACUUGGCCAAGGGGAAGGACUUACGGGGCAUGCGAGACAUGCACAUUGUGGAACGCUUGCUAGCAAUUGCUGUGGGCACCAAGAACGUUGAUCUUGCCCAUGUGCUGGAUCGAGCCACGGCUGGUGCGACAAUUGCGUUGGCUAUCAUCUUUAUGAAGACCAAUGAUCAGGUCUUGGCUCACAAGAUCGACAUUCCCGAUACUGCCGUGCGCUUUGACUAUGUGCGCCCCGAUCUCUUCCUCUUGCGGACUCUAGCACGACAUCUCAUCAUGUGGGAUAGCAUCAAGCCAGACAUGAAGUGGGUCAAUGCCAGCCUGCCGCAGGUGUACCAACGACGUGCUCGUCUUCGAGGCGUGUGCCAACUCCGUAGCGAGGAUAUGCCCUUCUUCAAUAUCCUCGCUGGUCUCUGCUUAGCCCUGGGUCUUCGCUACGCUGGGUCAGGUGAUUCUCAAGCCCGCGAUCUUCUGCUGUUCUAUCUCGACCAGUUUAUUCGCAUCUCGCGUCUCCCGGUGCUCAACUAUGAUGCCAAGCUCGCACGUAACUCAGUUAGGAACUGUCAAGACGCGGUAUCUCUGUCUGCUGCGGCUGUCAUGGCUGGCACGGGUGAUCUGGCUUUGUUCCGACGCCUGCGCUCUCUUCACGGCCGGGUCGACCCCGAUACGCCCUACGGCAGCCACAUGGCCGCGCACAUGGCCAUCGGCACGCUCUUCCUCGGUGGAGGGAGUUACACUCUCGGCACCUCAGACCUGGCCGUUGCCUCACUUCUCUGCGCCUUCUAUCCCAUCUUCCCUACCACCGUCCUCGACAACAAAUGCCAUCUACAAGCCUUCCGCCACCUCUGGGUGCUUGCUGCAGAGCCACGCUGUCUCGUUCCCCGAGAUCUCGACACCCGCCGCCCCAUCUUCAUCCCUAUCACCAUCACCUCCGACAGCGGCUCAACACGCACCAUAAACGCCCCCUGUCUCCUCCCUGACCCCAGCGGGAUAUCUCGCAUCGAAGUCCGGGGCCCAGAUCACUGGCCUCUCAUCCUGGACUUCACGCAAGAUGACGCUCUCCGCGACAAAUUCCGCCAGGGUGACCCGUCCGUCUACCUUCGCCGCAAAGCCACCUACAGCCCCUCUGGCGCCUCAACCUCCGUCUUCGCCUCCACCCUCACCGGCCUCAGCGAGGCCCAGGACAUUCUCCCCGCCGCCGCUGCCUCAAACCCAGCGAAGGGCCUCCCGCCCUCGACAUGGCCCAACCACGCCGCACUGCUAUCGAUCCCCUUGGGAUUGGAUCUUCGCCCUCCCCCCCUGGCGGGCCUGGACAUUCGCGAGCGCUCGCUCGUCCUGCCGUCGUCCUUCCCGACGCCGGCGCCCCGCAAUAGCACGCACCUUAUCACGGCGCCGCCAUGGCUGCGCACGUCGGCCGUCGACGCCCGACUCGCGCUGUCGCAGACCGUUCGUAAUAUCGUCCAGGCUGCGCGGGGCCGGGGCGCCGAUCCGGACGAGGUUCGUGACCGUGUCUGGCAGCUUCGUCUCCUGUUUGAUUGGUUGGACCGGGUGCAGGCUGGUGAUGAGCGGGAGAUGCUGGUGGGAGAUGUGCAUUUGCAGCAGAAUCAAAAUCAGGCGUCUGGGCUGUGGUUGAGGAGGGACUUUGUGGAGGAGGCGAGGUGGCAGAUUUGGGGGGUGCAGAGUGAAGAUCGUGGGGAAGAAUCGUGA